AGACAACCACUACGAUAUGUCUGAACUUAUAGAAACCACCACAAGUGAAUCAAGUAUAUCUCAAGAGACAAGCUUGAUUGAACAAUUGCAAGAACAAUUGAAACUACAGCAAGAAGAGCUAUUCCAACAACGAGAAUUACUCCAUCUUCAUGAAUCCACAACCACAACCACAUCUACAAACGCAUGGGGAUUUACCCAUGGACUUAUAGUUGGACAAUUAAGUGUAUUAUUUGUCAUAAUUGUAUUUGUUAAAUUCUUUGUGUUUGCGGAGUCUUCAUCUUCUUCAAAGCAAAGUAUUCGUCGUGAUGCCAGUGGUGUUAUUGUUAAACGAGACAAGAAGAAAUCUGGUAAACAAAACUCAGAAGAUGGCGAUGUAAAUGAUGAAAGAUUACUCAGUGACAAAGCAAAAGUAAAAAGUAUUCUUGAAAAGACCUAUUAUGAUGUUGAUAAUCACGCACCUGAAACUUUGGAUUGGUUUAAUGUUUUAGUUGCACAAACAAUAUCUCAGUUGAGAUCAGAAGCCAUAUUAGCUGAUAAUAUAUACCAUUCACUUAAUGGUUUCUUGGAGAAUGCCAAGAUGCCUGAAUUUUUAGGCAAGAUUAACUUAACUGAAAUUGAUAUUGGUGAUGAUUUUCCAAUUUUUUCAAAUUGUCGGAUAAAGCAUAGUACUGGUGGAAGACUAGAAGCUAAAAUUGAUGUGGAUUUGUCUGAUACAUUGACCUUGGGAAUUGAUACCAAGUUAUUGUUGAAUCAUCCAAGAGCGUUGACAGCAGUUUUGCCAGUUGAAUUGACGGUUUCAAUAGUGAGAUUUUCUGGUUGUUUAACUGUGUCACUUAUAAACACAAAUGAUCCUGAAUUUGUUGAUUUGGCGAGCCACAACGGAGGAAAGGGUAAUGGUUCAACCAUAAAUGGAAGUGCACAAAAGUCAAACUCAUCUAAAGAAGGUGCAGGUACGGCGCUCAUGUUUUCGUUUUCACCAGAUUAUAGACUUGAGUUCAUAGUAAAGUCAUUAAUUGGAUCUCGUGCAAAAUUGCAAGAUGUUCCUAAGAUUUCAGAGUUGAUUGAGAGUCAAUUACGUACUUGGUUUAUUGACAGAUGUGUCGAACCUAGAUUUCAAGUAGUUAGAUUGCCUUCAUUAUGGCCAAGGAGUAAGAAUACGAGAGAACCGGUCAAGACGAAGGUUGAUGAUGAAACUGGACGUAAGAACUUGUAAAUAGAAAAUAAACACGAGUAUUCUGAUGUCGCUCACUUACUCAUUAUACAGG